UGUAGCUCCAGUUUGAAGUUGAAGUGUCUGGUACCAAGCGUUGGAAAAACCACUGUCUGCAAACCGAGGAACAUUACAGAAAUGUAGCUGAAUGACCGAGGGACGUCUUUAAACCUCCGCUAUCCUCAUCAGCAGAUUUGAAGCGAUAAUCGGUUAAUUUUUAAACAUCGUGCAUUUCCCUAGAGAAGAGCGAUGUCUGGAGUGUCCAGCAAUGACUGUCCACACUUGGAGUGUGUGGGGGAGAUCACCAAAGAAGAACUCAUCCAGAAGUCUCAUGGUCAGUGUCAGGACUGCAAAGUUGGGGGACCAAAUCUUUGGGCAUGUCUAGAGAAUGGCUGUUCAUAUGUUGGCUGUGGAGAAUCGCAUGCUGAUCACAGCACUGUUCACUCUCAGGAGACGCGGCACAACUUGACGGUCAAUCUGACCACUUUGAGAGUGUGGUGUUAUGCCUGCACCAAGGAGGUUUUCCUGGAAAGGAAACUGGGUCCACAUAAACAGUUGCCCAAUGCUGCCAAAGCAGUAUCCCCAGUGCAGACUCCCUGCCAGGACCUCAAUACUCCUGGGAGUCCUACUUCCCUAAGAGUUCCUUCAGCAGGAACAUGUGAUGACCUGGACAUGGAGACAGAGGAAGAAGAUGAACUGAGGACUAGAGGUCUGACUGGACUGAAGAACAUUGGCAAUACGUGCUACAUGAAUGCAGCUUUGCAGGCACUCUCCAAUUGUCCUCCGCUGACCCAGUUCUUUUUGGAGUGCGGUGGUCUGGUGAAGACAGACAAGAAGCCAGCGCUAUGCAAGAGCUAUCAGAAACUCAUCACAGACCUGUGGCACAAAAACAGGAACGCCUAUGUUGUUCCCACAAAUCUAUUCCAGGGCAUUAAGGCUGUGAACCCAAUGUUUCGUGGUUACUCCCAACAGGACUCUCAGGAAUUCCUGCGUUGUUUGAUGGACCAACUCCACGAGGAGCUCAAGGAGCUCAUUCCUGAACCCGAGGACCCAAAUCAGGCUGUGGCCAUGGACGACAGUCCCGACGAGGACAACCACAGCCAAUCAGAUGACUUCCAGUCCUGCGAGUCUUGCGGCAGCAGUGAUCGUGCUGAUAACGAAGGCCCCAGAGUCCCAGAAGACAUCAACGAAGCUGAGAUGCUGAUGCCUGAACAGAAUCAAAACAACCGAGAUUGGCAGAAAGAGAAGAAUCUCAUCAACAACCUGUACCGUGCCGGUUCCCAUGGCGACCUGGAUAAAGACGUGGACACGACUAGUGAUUCAAGGCCAAUCAUCAGCAGCCAAGGAGCAAUCAAAGCUCAGGGGCGAACUUCAGAUUCUGAAAUCCAGGUCAGCAGUACUGUCAGACCGCAGAGUCCCACUGGAAAUGAGGGCAUCACAUCUAGACUGUCCAGCAGCCCCCCAAAAUCCUCAGCAUGGCCAAACCUGAGCUCUACUCACAAGAAAGUACCCAUGUUCACCCCAACAAAGACCAAGCGGCAGAGGAAAUACCACAGCAUCAUUUCUGAAGUGUUUGAUGGCACAAUUGUCAGCUCAGUUCAGUGCCUAACCUGUGAUAGGGUUUCGGUGACUUUGGAGAACUUCCAGGACAUCUCUCUGCCCAUCCCAGGGAAAGAGGACCUUGCCAAGCUGCACUCGUCCUCCCACCAGACGGCUCUGGUCAAGGCUGGCUCUUGUGGUGAAGCAUACGCCCCUCAAGGCUGGAUUGCUUUUGUCAUGGAAUAUAUCAAGAGCUGGUUCUGGGGCCCUGUGGUGACACUGCAGGAUUGUCUGGCAGCCUUUUUUGCCAGGGAUGAACUAAAAGGAGACAACAUGUACAGCUGUGAAAAAUGCAAGAAAUUACGGAAUGGGGUCAAAUUCUGCAAAGUUCAGAGUUUGCCAGAGAUUUUGUGCAUUCAUCUCAAGCGCUUCAGACAUGAACUGAUGUUCUCCACCAAAAUCGGCACUCAUGUGUCAUUCCCUCUGGAAGGCCUUGAAAUGCAGCCCUUUUUGGCCAAGGACAGCUCUGCCCUGACCACCACCUAUGACCUGCUUUCAGUCAUCUGUCACCAUGGCACUGCCAGCAGUGGCCACUAUAUUGCCUAUUGUCGGAAUGAGCUGAACCAACUGUGGUACGAGUUUGACGACCAGAGCGUUACUGAAGUGUCAGAGUCCUGUGUUCAAAACGCUGAGGCAUAUGUGCUCUUUUACAAGAAGAGUAAUGAUGAGACUCAGAAGGAAAGGAGGAAGGUGACCAGUCUGUUCAACAUGAUGGAGCCAAGCCUCCUGCAGUUCUACGUCUCCCGCCAGUGGCUGAACAAGUUCAAAACUUUUGCUGAGCCAGGACCCAUUUCCAACCAUGACUUCCUGUGUGCCCAUGGAGGUAUUCCGCCGAAUAAGGCCGCAUACAUUGAUGACCUUGUUUUGAUGAUUCCCCAAAACGUGUGGGACCAUCUCUAUAGCAGGUAUGGAGGCGGACCUGCCGUCAAUCACUUGUAUGUCUGCCACACCUGCCAGAAUGAGAUUGAGAAGCUGGAGAAACGACGCAAGAAUGAACUGGACAUGUUUGUUCGGCUCAAUAAGGCGUUUCAGGAGGAGGAGUCUCCUGUGGUGAUAUACUGUAUCAGCAUGCAGUGGUUCCGGGAAUGGGAAAGCUUUGUCAAAGGCAAGGACAUUGACCCACCGGGGCCAAUUGAUAACUCCAAGAUUGCUGUAAAUAAAAAUGGACACAUCACAUUGAAGCCAGGUGCUGAUUCAGGUCAAAUAUCCGAAGAGACCUGGAACUUCCUCCAUAACAUUCACGGAGGAGGGCCUGUAGUGACCGUGCGGCCCAGCGUCAGCCAUCAAGAGUCCGAGACUUCACAGUCAGAGGAGAAGAUCGAAGUGGAGACGCGCACAGUGUAGUGUACCGAGAAGCUGCUGGACCGCCAAGGGGACCGACAAACACUUAUCUAGCACUUCACUUUUGUUUUCCAACAGUCAAGCAAAAGGACCUUACAGCUUCACUCAACAUACGCACUCUUCACCCUUUAUGACUGUUCUUUAUUAGCAGAUGGAUGGAUGAAAGCUCCUCCAUUGUGCUUGACGCUUGUACAUAUUGUGCAUAUCCACUGAACGAUUAGAAAUAAGAUCGGUUUUCAGUCUAUUAAUGAAUUGAAUUUGGGUCUUCAGCUGUGUUCUUGAUGAAUUUAGCUUCCGAUUCAAAUAGCUCAUGAUUUUUUUGGUGAACCACAAAUGAAUUCCACCGCAUCUGUACAUAUUUCGCUGUCUCGAUGAAGAACGUAGUGGAUGAGAACGUCAUGUUUUGCUUACGAAGGGAUGCUAAAUGCUGCGUAGUCUCAGGAAAGAACUUUUGUUUUGCACCGUACUGUAGAUUCAAAGCGUGCAUGCUUCAGCGCUGAUGUUCGAUGUGUAUUUGAAUGUACUAGUACUUAAACAACACCAUGUUUCUGCACUAAAUGUUAUUUAUUCCAGAGGGGUAUGAUUAUUCUGGCAUUCGUGGACGUCGUCUUUGUUCGUAAUAACGAUUUUGACAAGCUAAAUCGAAGCCGAAUGCACGCUAAUAGGAAUGACGUGGCACAUUAUGCUGGCAAGAAAAUCGAUUUCUCAUUUUUUAUUUGUGCAGAAUAGCUGUGCGACUGGAGAUGCAAACAAUGAGGCUCACAAUUGAACCCUUCAAAGGCUGUCUUGUUCGAAAAUGAGAUGUGAAAGAGGGAAAAAAACGGAUCAAUUCAAUCCUGCUGCCUCAUGUGUAUACAUUCAAGGCAUUAUUUAAUGUAUAGAAAGAUGUGAUGUCGUUUUUCAAUAUUAAUUGUCCACCGAGAAGAAAGCUGUAUCUGAGUGGUUUAAGAUUAAACUCCAAAUUGAUGCUGUCAA